AUGAGGGGUCCACAACAAGAGAUGAGGGGUCCACAACAAGAGAUGAGGGGUCCACGACAAGUGAUGAGGGGUCCACGACAAGAGAUGAGGGGGUCCACGACAAGAGAUGAGGGGUCCACGACAAGAGAUGAGGGGGUCCACGACAAGAGACACAAGGGGUCCACGACAAGAGACACAAGGGGUCCACGACAAGAGACACAAGGGGUCCACGACAAGACACGAGAGGUCCACGACAAGACACACAAGGGGUCCACGACAAGAGACACAAGGGGUCCACGACAAGAGACACAAGGGGUCCACGACAAGAGACACAAGGGGUCCACGACAAGAGACACAAGGGGUCCACGACAAGAGACACAAGGGGUCCACGACAAGAGACACAAGGGGUCCACGACAAGAGACACAAGGGGUCCACGACAAGAGACACAAGGGGUCCACGACAAGAGACACACGGGGUCCACGACAAGAGACACAAGGGUUCCACGACAAGAGACACAAGGGGUCCACGACAAGAGACACAAGGGGUCCACGACAAGAGACGAGGGGUCCACGACAAGAGACACAAGGGGUCCACGACAAGAGACACACGGGGUCCACGACAAGAGACACAAGGGGUCCACGACAAGAGACACAAGGGGUCCACGACAAGAGACACAAGGGGUCCACGACAAGAGACGAGGGGUCCACGACAAGAGACACAAGGGGUCCACGACAAGAGACACACGGGGUCCACGACAAGAGACACAAGGGGUCCACGACAAGAGACACAAGGGUUCCACGACAAGAGACACAAGGGGUCCACGACAAGAGACACAAGGGGUCCACGACAAGAGAUGA